AUUUGAUUCAGGUCUAAAAAGAAAAGAUGAAAAGAAUUGUCAUUGCAAUAAUUUCUGGAGUUAUCGUGUCAGAAAUAAUGUGGCAGUUGUACAAGAAACAUAAACAUUCUCGGAAGAAAGUAAUCAAUACUUCCAAUUGCAAUGGUUCUGUAGAGGAGCUUUGCAACAAUACAGAAGCAAAAAUCUUCGAUGUCAUGUUUUUUUCACAAGACUCUUCUUUAUGUCGAUCACAUUUGAAAAGAAUGAAACCAUGUAAAAAACUAAAUUGUCCAAUAAGACACUUAAAGAAGAUUAUACAUUAUUUGGAUUCGGCAAUUCAUACUUUGGAUAUAUGUUUAUAUUUUUUUACAUUUGUGGAGUUGGCAGAGGCAGUUAUAAGGGCCAAAAACAGAAAUGUUGUUGUAAGGAUCAUAUUGGAAGAUUCCAUGACAUGUACUGAUCGUAGCCGAUUAAUGAAUUUUUACAAAGAAGGUAUUAAACCAAUAACCAAACCAUUGGACGUCUUAGUGCAUCAUAAAUUUGUUAUUAUUGACAAUAACAUUUUGAUAACAGGCAGCAUAAACUGGACUAAAUCAGCAUUUUUUGGAAAUUUUGAAAAUGUUUUAAUGACUAACGAGUCAGCAAUAGUUAAGCCAUUUAUACAUGAAUUUGAAAGAAUGUUGACGAUACUCACUGUUACAGAAACUAAUUCUGAAAAUUUAGAUUAG